AUGGAUGGAGCGGCCAAGAAUGCAGACAAAGUGGCCCAGCGCAUGCUCCCCAACCGCCCGCACCAUCUUUUAUUGUCGCUUGACCAGAGAUACCCAACACCGGAAGGAUUCUGGUUCACCGGCCCAAGCGGCCCCCUGCAGUACAUGACAUACCUCUCGGAUGCGAGCCGCGGCGUGCUGAUAACGCGGCCAUCAUAUGAAGUCUGCCAGGAAAGCGACAACCCACUGAUGCCUGUCAAGGUUCUCGCCAGAGGCGAGAUCAAGAAAAAACUAUCUAUCAAGGACUACCAGAACAGGAAGAAAUCUUUAUCGCCCAAAGACAACGAACUGCCAGCAAAGGUAGAAAGCAGGCCAAAUGGCGCCCUCCCCCAAAAGGCCGCUACGGAGAAUACCAAGGCGGAGGAAGUGAAGCCGAAAGAGAAGCUCGAGGCGCGCCAGGACCCGCGGCUAGAGAAGCCGCGGUCAGAGCAGAAUGGCGAGAGGACUGCUCAACCGAAGCCGCAGCAACCCGAAGCGAGCAGCCGUAAGAGGGGCGCAGAGACAGACGGGAGUCUGCCUCCACAGAAGCGACCCAAAAGCGAAGUCACUCCCCCAAAACAAGAACUGCCCCGCCGUCCGAUAAAGGCCGAGACACCGCCCCGCCGUGACCGCGUGGCGGAAAGAGCACGCAAAGAUGCGAGCAGCGAAUCAUUACACCCAACUGCCAAUGGGCUAGCCCCUUCGACGGCCGACAGGGAAAGGGGGGACACGGCUUCUCCGAAAUCAACAAUACAAGUCAAUGGGACGAGAACGCAUUCUGACAGCGGCACAUCAACACCUCGAAAGGGGGAGUCACUGUCCAAGUCGUAUCUCCCGGUCCUGCUGUCGCCGCUUCACCCUUCGUUGUUUGGAGCCGACCAGGAGGAACAAGAGAGGUCGCGGAAGAAACCAGCACAAAAAGGGCCUGCAAAGUCACACAAGCCCGAUAGCCAACCGGCAGCGAAGAAGCCAAGGGUUCCGUUCAAAAUACCGGAGCUCCUUUCUCCUACUCUUCCGCCAAUUGUCGAAGCAGAGCUCGCGCGCCUGGGGACACCAAGCUUGGCGAGCAGCCAAGGUUCGGAGCCGACGACCACAGCGAGGAAGACAAAACCAAAGGACGAAGCCGCCGAGGUGGUAGAGCCCAGCAAGCCAUCGCGUGUUGUGACGUUGAGAUUCAAGAAGGCAAACGCCAAAAGACUGAAGGAUCUCUUGAGUCUGCCGUCUAAAGCAGUUAAAGAUGCGCUGAAGAAGGAGCGGUCGAUGAGCGUGGAAGGCACACCGCCGCCGGCGAGGAAACGCCCCCGGCGAGCGGACGACGCACCACCAGAAGCUGCUGCUUCUAAGCGGAGCAAGCUGGCGACGGACGUGCUAGCAACAAAGCCCGCCCCAUCUACGCCGCUCAAACAGGGCGCCACGGCCAUGUCGCGCGUGACGUCGAAUCAGUCGCUGUCGAACACGCCUGGGAACUGGACAGGCCUCACGCCGGCGGCCUCGGAGCGUCCGCCGACGAGCUCGGACAACGCAGAGCCACUAAAAGGGCGGCCCACAGUCGAGUCUCUUCGGGAACGGAACGAGGCGUACCGGCAGUUGGGCAGCCGGCUGAAGCACACGCGCGACGACAUAUACCGGGAGCGGGGGAACAAGACGACGGCGUCCGACGAGCGGCGCGUGAAUGCGCUGCACUUUGAAAUGGUGCUCGCCUACAUGGUGUCGUUCCACUCGCUGAACCAGGCGCGCAUGCGCGACCGCAAGGUGUGCGACGUGUCGAUAUGGGAGUCGUUGCUGCCGCACCUGCACGAGCUCGAGAAGCGCGUGCGCAACAUUCCCGCUCUCCGCGUACUGGCCUGCCAGAUGCACGCCGUCUGCCUCGAGCAGAUCACGCUCGCAUUUGGGUCCUUCGACGCGGCUGCGGCCGCUUCCGGCUGGGCGCGCUGGGUCAGGUACGAAAAGACGCGCCUCCCCACUUGGUCCGAGGCGGCCGCCCUUGGCGACGCCGUCGACGACCGCCGCAUGAAGACUACCCCGCCCGUCGGCCCCUGGACCCCCGUCGAAGACGUAGUCGCCGCCGUCCUCGAUAUCCUCCGCCGCUGGGCCGACCGCGAGAGCGUCGACUGGAAGCCCGUCAUCCUGCGCGACCGCGACAGAUCUGGCGCCGGCGCUGCGGGUGCCAAGACGGCCGCUCCACCAAACGGCACCAAGACAUAG